UCGCUCGCUCUCUCCUCCCCUCCUUUGCUCCCUCCCUCCAAGCCCCAUUGCUCGAGCCGCUUCCUUCCCCAACGGCAGCGCCAGUUCCUCUCCCGGUGGGGCCCGGGAAGGGCAGCGAACGCUCGACACUGGAACCGCCGCGGCGGCAGCUGCGGGACCAUGGCCGAGCCCCGAGAGGCCGCGAACCCGGCGCCCAAGGCCUCCCUGGCACCGACCGCGCUGAGCCUGCGGAGCGCCCCGCAGCCCCGCCCCUCGAGAGCGGUCACCGGCAGCCUGGGCAGGUACCGGGGCAACGCCGCCGCCGCCUCCCGGGAGCCCCUCUCCCACGGCUCGGGCUCGGGGCGCCGGCGGGGAGCGCUGCGGGAGCUACUGGGGCUGCAGGGGGCGGCUCCCGCCGGGUGGCUGUCGGAAGAGCGUGCCGAAGAGCAGGCCCCCGGCGGCUCGAGCGGACCGGGCGGCAGCGGGCUGUGCCUGGAGCCCCGGGAGCACGCGUGGAUACUGGCGGCCGCCGAGGGCCGCCUUGAGGCGCUGCAGGAGCUGCUGGAAGCCGAGCCGGGACUGCUGCUGCGGGGCGACCCCAUCACGGGCUACACGGUGCUGCACUGGCUGGCCAAGCACGGGCGCCACGAGGAGCUCAUCCUGGUGCACGACUUCGCCCAGCGCCAGGGGCUGCGGCUCGACGUGAGCGCCCCGGGGAGCGGCGGCCUCACGCCCCUGCACCUGGCAGCCCUGCAGGGCCACGACAUGGUCAUCAAGGUGCUGGUGGGCGCCUUGGGGGCUGACCCCACGCGCCGCGACCACAGCGGCCACCGGGCCUGUCACUACCUGCGGUCCGACGCGCCCCAGAGCCUGCGGGAGCUGUCAGGGGCCGAGGACUGGGAGACGGCGGGCGCCAGCGAGCGGAUCAACUCCAACAACAACAGCAGUGGCGGCGCCGCGUGGACGCUGCGACGGACCCCGAGCGCGGUGGGCGCGACGGCCGUGGACACAACGGCGAGACCGGCGGCAUCGCCCGGCAAGGAGAAGGACUCCACCGGCAGCCGGGUGGCGCAAAUUCAUGGCCUUCUCCGCCAUAUGUUCCCCUUCUUCCAGGAUCGUUGAGGAUGAUGGAGACUGGAGAGCGCGAAGGGACUGCGACGCGGCGGCGAGGCCUCGGUCCUGGGUUGUCCCGGGUCCCACCGAAGGGGCGGCGCCUCAGACACAACUCCGACCACAGCCGAGUGCGCUGGGCCUGCAAGCAGCAGACCACCUCGGGGUCUGUCUCAGGUACCUGUCCCAGGUCUCUUGCCGCCACUGGCCAGGAGACCCGGGGACCAAGGCACCCCUAACCGUGAGAGAACAAAGACAAAGCUGACCUGGCGCCAAAUCCCAAAGCUACAGGACUAAGGAAUUAGGAGCAGGAGCGUGGUCCUGCUUGGUAGAGGGAAAGUUAAGCUUCCAGUAGCCGUUUCUCGGCAGGCGGAAGCUCUGGGUUUAUUAGGAAACAUUUGCUAGAAGAGUGAGUUAAGACUGUAACCCACUGAUGUAGAGGAAGCGCCUGACUGCAGGCUUGACUCGGCUGUUAACGGGUCACUUUGUGCGGGCAGAAUCAGCCCCUGGCAACCUGCUCUUGAGACGAGCAGGCCUUACCCGUACUUUUUCUAAUGUAUCACGGAUGACUUCUUAAGCAUAUUAAAGUGGAAUGCGUUCCUUUUACAUGA